UACACUCACUACAUAAAGUGAAAUAAUAAAUAAAUUUUACCAAAAAUAGUGCUUGGCUCCAACAAUAUAUAUACAUCACCAUCGAUCCAAAUUAUCCCUUCAUUUUUCCAAGUACUCUUCCCCAUUUUUCAUAUCCAAUUUUCCUUCUUCCCUCUUCUGUAAUGGAAACUAAACAAUAUUUCAGUUUUGUAUGUUUCGUCUAUGUUAUUUUGUGCCUACAUUAUCAGUCAACUAGUGCUGUACUAUUGAAACAUUUCAGUCACUCUAGAGGAUCAUCAAAAUCAAGCAGCUGUGAUAUUUUUCAGGGCAAAUGGAUUUAUGAUGAUUCAUAUCCAUUGUAUAAUUCAUCGAUAUGUUCUUUUAUUGAAGGACAAUUCGAUUGCCUAGGAAAUGGCCGACCUGAUAAACUAUAUGUUAAGUACAAAUGGAAGCCUACUGCAUGUGAAUUGCCCAAAUUUGAUGGAUUGGAUUUUCUGAGGAGGGUGAAGGGGAAAAGGAUAAUGUUCAUAGGGGACUCAUUGAGCCUUAACCAAUGGCAAUCACUCACAUGCAUGUUGCAUACAAGAGUGCCUCAGCUCAACUUCACAAUCCAGAGGACAGGAGAUGUCUCCAACUUUGUUUUCCAGGACUAUAACGUUUCUUUGGUUUUAUCACGAAAUGCAUUUCUGGUAGAUUUGGUUAAAGAGAAGAUAGGCAGAGUUCUAAAACUUGAUUCUAUCAAAAACGGCGACGUUUGGAAAGGCUUCGACAUGCUCAUUUUCAAUACAUGGCACUGGUGGCUCCACAAGGGAAGCCAACAAUCAUGGGAUUUUAUCCAGAAAGGAGAUCAAAUGUAUAAAGACAUGGAUCGUUUGGUGGCCUUUAAGGAGGGACUUAAAACUUGGUCUAAUUGGGUAGAAUCUAAUAUUGAUCCUACCAAAACAAGAGUAUUCUUUCAGGGCAUCUCUCCUACACAUUACAAUGGGAAAGAGUGGAAUGCUAGCAAAAGUAAUAAUUGCAAUGGAGAGAUUCAACCAAUUAGUGGCUCAGUGUAUCCUGGAGGACCAAUGGCAGCAGCAACAGCAGUGAUGGAAAUAUUAAGCAACAUGUCAAAACCAGUGACAUUAAUUGAUAUUACAUUACUUUCUCAGUUAAGAAAAGAUGGACACCCCUCUAUUUAUGGUAUUAAUAAAAAUGGUACAAAGACAAAGGGAAGUGAUUGUAGUCAUUGGUGUCUUGCUGGUGUGCCUGAUACUUGGAAUCAACUCUUUUAUGCUCUUAUUGUUAACCAAGCCAAAUCAAUUACUAUAUGAACAAGUGAUUUUAUCUAUCCGUUAAAGUCUAGAUGGACAAAGUUAAUUGGUACCUGUACUGAUGAAAAAUACUAGCAAAUACUUUGUAGAAUUAGUCGAGGUGCCCUGACCCGGACACCUGCACGAUUAUAACUAACUAGAAACAUACUAUAUGAACAAUUUCUUUUGCAA